AUUCAUAAAUACAUUCCCAACUUUAAACUCAAACAGUAAACAUGUACAAGGCUGUGCUUCUGGUCUGCGCUCAGGCGCUCAUGAUCCAGUCAAUCGCUACUCAGUGCAUUGGCGCUGGAUUUGCUGGAGCUCCCUGGGCAGCAGGAGCACCCUGCGCCGCAGCUGCUCCUUUAGCAGUAACUGCCGGACCCUGCGGUGCUUAUGGACCAGCUGCAUUUGCUGCUUCUAAUGGAGGCGGCUUUGGAGUAUCAAGCGCUUCUCCCAUCGCAGCAACCGGUGUAUCUGUUUUAUCCGAAAACGCCAUUGAAGGAGCCCUCGCGGUUAACGGCGUUCUACCGUUCUUAGGAACGGUGGCUUUAGAAGGUGUCCUGCCAACUGCCGGUGCUGGUGCCGUCUCAUACGGUUGUGGCAACGGAGAAGUGGCUAUUGUUGCAGAAGACAUCGCCCCAAUUGGUAUUGCAGGUCCACUUGGCUAUGCUGCUGAUGCUUACGGCUACGGUCCUCUUGGCUACGGGGUCGGUCCACUGGCUGGACCUUACUCUCGUGCUGGUUGUGGUUGUGGUGCCCUCUUAUAGAUAUAAAUACUAAAGAAAUU